AGACAGCGCUGAGGCAGCCAGAGAGGCCACAUCUGCUCCACGCCUCGGACUGAUGGUUGGGGUGACGGAGCGUGCGAGCGAAGCCUUCGAGGAAAUAGCAAGCCACUUCUCAAGACCGCUGCUCGAUUCUCAGACACCGCACGAUAAGGAGCGAGCCAUUGGACUCAAGCUCAGAACAAUGCUCGAGGGCAAGCCUCGCUCUCACUCUCACUCACCCACAUUGGGAAGGAACAAUCUGCCUUCAUAGAAACGCACUCUCUAUUUCUCUCACAUCGCGUAGCAGGUCGAGGUCGAGGUCGAGGUCAGAUCGAAGUCGUCCGACACGCCAACGACGAAGGACGAAGGUCGAAGGUAGAAAGGAGGCGGCCGCUCGCUUCGCUCCUGUACAGCUGAACUCGACGCCAUCGUAAUAAUUCUCUCCGUUGCUCGCUCGUCAUCGCGACAAUCUGUAGGUGGAAAAAGUUAGAGACGCGAGCAGAGGGCGCCAACUGCUGCUAGCGCAGAGGGAAGAUUGGCGCUGCCGCUGUCGGGCGACGCGGGGGGACGCUAGACCUAAUCGAAGGGCAGCAGGCAGGCAGGCAGG